UCUCCUGUCUAACUUCCUUUGCUCCUUCUCUCAAUUUCUAAAUGUGCAUUGACAAAACCCAUCUUGAAUUCCCCUUCUUCUAAGAUGAUUUUGGACAAGGUGACUUACAGAAAGCUUAUCAUAUUGCUGCUCCAUUUUCUUGAUGAAGAGAACUACAAAGAAAGCCUCCAUUCGUUGGAACGAGAGUCGAAAAUUUUCUUCAACAUGAAGUACUUCGGGGAACUUGUGAUGAAUGGUGAAUGGGAAAAGGCAGAGAAGUAUCUGUCAGGAUUCACAAAACCAGAGGAGAAUAAUUGCUCAAGGGAAUUGUUCUUGCAGUUGCGAAAACAAAAAUUUGUUGAAGAAGCUCUCAGGGAUGUUAAUGCGUUCCAAGAGGUCCAGGAUCAAUCAGCUCAGCUCUCUCCUUUAGAUGAUACUAGGGUCAAUGGUGAAACGUGUGGGGUUGUAAACACUGCUCCUGCAAGGGCUAAAUUGCUAGAAAACCUGAAAACAUUAGUGGAGCAAGAUCCUGAGCUCCUAGAAAAACUUGGGAUUCCAAGUCUUUGUAAAUCAGCAUUUUGGAAGCUUAUCAAACUUAUUUGUCCAACUCCCCAAAGGAAAUUGAGAAAACUAAAGGAAGAACUUGGUUUCUUGAUAAUUCAGUUCCUUGAUGAGGAGAAGUUCCAUGAGACAGCUCACGAAUUGGAGCAGGAAUCAAGGGUCUUCUUCAAUAUGGAUUACUUUUGGAAGCUUUUGAUUAGUGGUGAAUGGGAUAAGGUAGAAAAGUACCUUUCAGCGUUCAACCUGGGAGAUGAUGAGUGCUUGGCCAGGAUUUUCUCUGUAAUGAAAUGCCAAACACGAUUUGAAGCUUUAGACAGGGCCAAUUUAUUCCAAUCUGUCAAAAUGGUAUUGGAGAAAAAUCCUUUCCUGCGAAAUAAGCUCAAGUUUCCAGACGUGCAUAAAGCAAGACUCAUGACAAUAAUUAAACAGACCAUGGACUGGUGGGUUCCGUAUUGUGCCAAUGCAAAUUGGAAUAUUUCAUUUGAAAAUAUUCCCACGGUGCCAAAGCUUUGUCACAUUCAACUCCCGGUUACUAGUGCAGAGCAUGAUGGAGUGUUACCAGAACCAAGUGGUCUUGGGUCCAGGGGCACCACCUGCUGCACUAAUGUAAAGCCAACGAAUGUAUCUGUAGUUUGGGAGCUGGCAGAGAUCAGUGAACCCACCCAAUGCUGUGCAUUGGUGCUCCCUGAUGAUUCACUGGAAGAAAAGAAUGUUAGGUUGGUCUAUUCCUAUUCCGGGGAUUUCAUUUUGGCAUGGGCAGAAGAUGCUACAUACAAACUCUGGAUAUGGCGGAGUGGUCAUAUCUUGUAUAGGAAGGUAAGUGCAAAUUUGCAGUCACAGUUAUAUCAUCCUUCUAGUGGAAUGACAAUGAUCAAUGAGAUAGGAAGACUUCCCCAAGAUCCAUACUUUGCACUUGAAAGCCUUGGCCUUUUUUCAGCAUUUGGUGGAAGAAUCUCUACAUUCUGUUGGGAUAUGUUUGAGAAAUUGGCAACAUUUGCAGAUCCCUCACCAUCUAGUACAUAUUUUACUUUCCUUGAUCAGAAUACCUCUGCCAUUGGCUUCAAUGAUUCUUCUAUCUUAAUUCAUUGUCUCAGCUCAAAAAAGAAUAAGGUGAAGCUCCAAGGCCACGAGGGGGAAAUAACGUGCCUGGUCUUUUCUCACAAAUUAAAUGUUCUUGUCUCGUCAGGAGCUGAUGCCCAGCUUUGUGUUUGGACUGCAAAUGGAUGGCAGAAGCUGGUGAGUAAGUUUCUACAGCGUCUUGACGCUAGAGAGGCGCCAGAACCAUCUGUGGUAAAUCACAUGGAGUUUCAUCUUGACCAUAUCCAGCUGCUUCUUGUCCAGGAAAGGCAGAUUGGCAUAUAUGAAGCACCCUUACUGCAUCCCCUUAAGCAGUGGGUCCCUAUAGAAUCAGAUAUCCCAAUCACAUUUGCUACGUAUUCCUGCAAUUGUCAGACAAUAUAUGUUAGCUGCAAAACUGGCUGCAUUAAGGUUCUUGUCUCCAAGACACUUACCAUUAGAUGCCGGAUUAAUGUGACUGCUUAUGCACAAUGUGCCGCCUGUGUGCAAGUCUAUCCUCUUUCCAUUGCAGCUCAUCCCUCUAGACCUAAUCAAAUAGCCGUGAGGCUUAGUAAUGGCAGUGUCCAUGUUCUUGAGCCGCUAGAAUAUGGAGAAUGGGGAGUACAGCCACCUACACUGGAAGAUGGCAUGUACUAAAGCACUAGUAAGGGUGUAUAUAAUUAGCUCCCUUGGGCUAGCAGACAACUGCAGUUUUUUGUCGCUUUUGACUGCUUGUAGAUAGAUACCAAUCAACCUGAUACCCUGCAAUGGUGGCUAGCUCUUUUGAGUUAACAAUCACAAACAGUUUCCUCAAUGGUGAUUAGCACUGAGAUGACAAUCCAGUAAACGUGUUUUAUUUUUGAGUGAAAGGGAAGCUUCAAAAUCUACUUUCAGAAGAUGUAUGCAGAUCGUUUAAGCGAUAGAAAUGCUACUAUUUUGAAUGAAAAUGAAAGAAAAUGAGAAGCAUUUU